UUAAAAAAAAAAACAAAGCAAGCGUAUUGAUUAGUGCGCUAAAUGCGGGGAAAUACAUACACUUGUGACAAACAGGUAAUCAGCAGCAGACGAAAAUUCAAAAGUCAAACCCGAAACUCGAAUUUCUAUACAGAAGCACGGAGGGUCACUGUCAAUUUCCAGUUUAAUCAAAGUGGCGUACUAAAUUCAAAAUAAAUACACGUGUGUAAUCUCACUACACAUACACACGCACACACUUAAUAUCGCAUUACUGGACAACAUUUCAAGCGGACAAUUGCUCACCAAAGUUUAAUGCUUCUGAUUUAGGCAAAAAAAAAGUUGACGCUGACAACCCGGAGAUGCAUUGCUCUCGCGACGCGUCUCGUCUCGUCUCAUUUAGUUGAUGUUCAGUGGCGCUUAAGUGAAGACGUGCGAAAAGAUAGCUGACUUAAAUCAAUACGCUUCAAGCAGCAGACUAUUUUCAGUGAAACUAAGUGUAAAUAUUAACAGCGCGCACGAUGAGCUGGCGCUUAGGCUGCUUCGUGUUGACCGCUCUAGCUGUGUGGCAAGCGCAUGCAAAGCCAUUGAUAGAAGAUGCCACCUUUUCAGAUGUUGACCUUGUCGCCGAAGACUCGCAUGCCGAUGCCGUCUACGUAGCAGCGCCGGCCCGCAGCAAACGCACACCACAACAUUUCGGUGGUAAUUGUGGCUUUAACGGUUGUGGUGGUCGAAACAUCUUCGGCUCAAAUAACAGUCCCGCAUUUAACAGUUACGCUUAUGUGCCUUAUAAUAAUGCCGUGCAGCCACCGGCAACGGUGGUUAAUCAUGUACAUCAACGUGACGGUCCACCGCCACCGAUUGUUCAGCCACAACAACAAUAUCACCCCACACAGACCACUGCUGUUGUAGUAUCUCAUCAACAUCAAGCAUCCACCGGCACUGUUGUGCGUCAUGAACAUCAACGUAACGGUCCACCGCCUCCAUCAACCCCCAUAUCAGGUUUUCAUAACCAUCCACCACCAGGGUUCCACGGAGGCAAUCCGUUUGGUCCACCUUAUGGAGCGCCACCUGGCUUUAAUAGACACCCUCCACAUUAUGGACCUCCAGGUCACGGACCACCCGGUCAUGGACCACCUGGACAUGGACCUCCAGGCCAUUAUAGACCUCCACCUCCAGACCGUUUUGGCCCUCCAGGUCAUUAUGGUCCUCCAGGUGAUUUUGGCCCACCCGAUCGUGAUUAUGAAGGACCACCAGAUUUUGACAAUAGUCCCACACCUCCAGUUCCGUCUGUUGAACCAUGGCCUUCACAAGAAACUUCGCCAGCAAUUCCUCAACCAGAGGAAACACCACCGCCUUCAGCACCUACUCAGCCGGUGAUCGCUCCAGUUCCAAGCACUACACCGGCGCCGGUUUUGGUGACAGUGGCCCCAACCACUUCGACUACAACAACCACAACGACUGCCGAACCAUUUUACGACAUUGAUGUGAGAUUUGGCAAUUAAGUAAAAUUAAAUAAAAUU